AACUUUAGAGAGGGCCACAGUAGUAUAGUAGCAUUACAAAGUAAAGAAUAGAACUUCGGUUAUUAGCUUUGUCGAAUCAUUAAAGGUCUGAAGACAUACUGUUGUCUUGCAGUAAAACAUACUAGUGUGGCAUAUUUAUGGUGAUAAUCAAUUAUCAAUCCCACACGGAUUUAUGAAAUACAGACAGUGUAUUGACAGCAACAAUUAUACUGCACUGUUUACAGUCUUAUAUUCCAUAGUUGGGUGCAAGUCCAUUAUGUGUAGUGUUUAGUAUCACAUAACAAUAAAUUCCUACCAUUUGGAAAAAAGUUAACUGUAACAUCCAUAUUAUUUGUUACAAUUCUGUUGGUAAGGUUAAUACAUUACUUUGUAAACAGAAACAUGGUCUCCCUGUUGAGUGUUUCUGUAACUUUGUUCUGUUUGUUUUUAUCGAUUGAACAUGCCAAAUCACAAGAAACGACUGAACUUUUGAUAGUAACUGUAGCAACCGAUGAAACUGAUGGGUUCGUGAGGUUCAAGGAGUCUCUUGAUUAUUUUAACUUAACCGUUUUGGUGAUUGGAAUGCAUGAGGAAUGGGUUGGUGGAGAUUUAAGUAGAGGUAUGGGGGGAGGACAGAAAAUCAAUAUGUUAAAACGAAGUUUGGAAAGUUACAAAGACAACACCAACCUGGUCCUGUUUUUCACAGAUAGCUAUGAUGUGGUGUUUACUGGAGGCAAGGAAGAGAUAAUGUCCAAGUUUAAUAAGUUCAAUGCAAAAUUAGUCUUUUCGGCAGAGUCAACAAUAUGGCCAGAUGCGUCUCUAAAGGAUUUGUAUCCAGAAGUUACAGUGGGCAAGCGAUUUUUGUGCUCUGGUGGAAUCAUUGGUUAUGCACCAACAUUUUGGGAGGCCAUUAAUAUGCAGGACAUUUCAGACACUUUUGAUGACCAACUGUACUACACAAAGAUAUACCUUAACACUACUCUCAGGGCUAAACUUAAUGCUACGUUAGAUCACACAAGCCAACUUGUUCAAAAUAUUAAUUUUGCCAAGAGUGAAUUGGAAAUAGUUCAGCAAGGAGACCUCUCAAGAAUACAAAAUACUGUGUACAGGACUUAUCCAGUUGUUAUUCACGGAAAUGGGCCGUCAAAGCUGGAGCUUAAUUACAUGGCAAAUUAUAUUCCUGAUGGAUGGCAUAGCAAUUUCGGCUGCAGGAAAUGUGAAUGGAACCUUCUGCAGUUGCCAGAAGCAGAGGAAAAUCUUCCAACAGUUCAGCUUGCAAUAUUUAUUGAGCCCAACACUCCGUUUAUCCCAGAGUUUCUUUCAAGGAUUCAACAGUUGGAUUAUCCAAAGUCAAAAAUUACAUUGUUUAUACAUACAAAUGAAGAGAACACAGAACGUUAUGUUUCACAAUUCUUGCUACGUCACCGAGUAAAGUAUCAAGGUGUUCAAGUCAUCUCACCACACGAUGGUGUUCAUGAGGCAACUGCUAGAAAUAUGGCUUUAGAUCAUUGUAUACUUAAGAAUUGUGAUUAUCAGCUUAGUAUUGAUGGCAAUGUACAGAUAACAAACUCUAGCCUUAUUAAGUUUCUUAUGACCAAGAAUAAGCAGGUGGUUGGUCCACUUGUAAAACUGCAUGAAAAACUGUGGUCCAACUUUUGGGGAGCUUUGAAUGCGGAUGGUUACUAUGCGAGAUCAGCUGACUACAUCUCCAUUGUAAAUAGAGAACGAACUGGCAUAUGGAACAUUCCUUUCAUAAGCUCUGUGUACCUCAUGAAAAGUGAAACAAUAAGGUUCUUACUAAGCCGUGUACCACAGCCAUAUUUCUAUGAAGAUAUGGACGCUGACAUGGCAUUUUGUGCUCAUGUUCGACAGGAGGGUAUAUUCUUGCAUGUUACAAAUGAAGCAGAGUUCGGCCGCUUGUUGUCAAAAGCAAAUGUUAAUCCUGGCCCUGUACAUCCAGAUUUGUGGCAAAUUGAAACCAAUAAAAAGGAUUGGGAAGAGAAGUACAUUCAUCCUGACUUUUGGAAUCUAACCUUGGAAAACACUGAAGUAUCACAGCCAUGCCCAGAUGUUUAUAUGUUCCCUCUCUUUACUGAGGAAAUGGCGGAUGCAAUUGUUGAUGUCAUGGAAAAUCACGGAGAAUGGUCAGGUGGUAAAAACAAGGAUGAUAGGUUAGCUGGAGGAUACGAAAAUGUACCCACUGUCGAUAUUCACAUGAACCAAGUUAAUUAUGAGAAACAGUGGCUUCAUAUGCUGGCAACAUAUCCUACUCACAUAAUCCAGAAGGUGUAUCCUGGCUAUUACACAAAGGCAAGUUCUAUUAUGAUGUUCGUGGUGAGGUAUAGGCCAAGUGAACAGUCUUUUCUACGGCCACACCAUGAUUCUUCAACAUGGACAAUGAACGUAGCUUUGAACACAUAUGGUGAAGACUACGAGGGUGGUGGAUGUCGAUUUCUGCGAUAUGAUUGCUCUGUGACACAAAUUCCUAAAGGGUACGCACUUGUCCACCCCGGUAGAUUAACUCACUAUCAUGAAGGGCUGCAGACAAUGGAAGGAACACGAUACAUUGCUGUCUCCUUUGUUGAUCCGUAAAUUCAAAUGAGUUGGUUGGGUAGAAAGCAAAGUUAAAAUGGAAGAAAGAAUGUUUUUUUUUAUUCUGUUGAAUCAUGGCAUUAUAUCACAAUUGAUUAGAUUUUACUUUUGUAUAAAUCAUAGUAUUUAUAAAAUCAAUCUGUAACUUUGUUAAUUAAUAUUUUGUAUUAUCAUGGUACACGUUUUAAAUUGUAGCAAACAAACCAAGAAACUUCAUUUGCACUUGCUGCUGUAUAAGAGUCUGCCAAUUGAGGAUUUACCCCUAAGUAUUAUGUUUACUAUAGAACGCUUUUUAUACCGAUGUUUCCUUUUGGAGAUUGCAUUGCCAAAUAAAUACUAACCCAUGCAUUCAA